AAUCAGUGACUUUACCCAUCUCUGGUAUCAACUAAAAGACAUGAAUAAAUGUGGCUUUUUUGUGCUUUCAUUACAGGCGAGAUUAUUUGAUGAGCCUCAGCUUGCCAGUCUCUGCUUGGACACAAUAGACAAAAGCACUGCGGACGCAAUAAACGCAGAGGGCUUUACAGAUAUUGACCUCGACACCUUAUGUGCAGUGCUACAAAGAGACACACUCAGCAUCAGGGAGAACCGCUUGUUUGGGGCAGUGGUACGCUGGGCAGAGGCCGAGUGUUACAGACAACAGCUUCCCCCGACCUCGGAGAACAAACAGAAAGUUCUUGGGAAAGCCCUCCCGCUCAUCCGCUUCCCACUCAUGACUGUUGAGGAGUUUGCUGCAGGGCCUGCCCAGUCUGGAAUAUUGUUCGAUCGGGAGGUGGUAAAUCUGUUUUUACACUUUACAGUAAACCCCAAACCACGGGUCGACUACAUCGACAGGCCCCGCUGCUGCCUCAGGGGGGAGGAGUGCAGCAUUAAUAGAUUCCAGCAGGUUGAGAGUCGAUGGGGGUACAGUGGUACCAGCGACAGAAUCAGAUUCAAUGUUAACAGAAGAAUAUCUAUAGUGGGUUUUGGCUUGUAUGGUUCAAUACAUGGACCCACUGACUAUCAGGUCAACAUACAGAUCUUGGAAAGUGACAAACGCAUUACACUGGGGCAGAACGACACAGGUUUCAACUGUGACGGCACCGCAAACACAUUCAGAGUGAUGUUCAAAGAGCCUGUGGAAAUCCUACCCAAUGUCAGCUACACUGCAUGUGCCACCUUAAAGGGCCCAGAUUCCCAUUAUGGCACCAAAGGGUUGAAGAAAGUGACAAAGGAAUCAGCAACAGGGACCAAGACAACGUUUUUCUUUUUUAGCUCACCAGGAAAUAACAACGGUACAUCUGUGGAGGACGGGCAGAUACCAGAGAUCAUCUACUACACUUAGACUUAACACAGUGUCAAGCAGGUACACUGAACCAGAGAGACCUCAGACUGCUGCAAGACUGGACUGCUGGAGAUUAACGUAGUGCCUCAUGAUCCCUCAGAAUGAAGAAUGUGUGUGUUUGAGAGUGUGUAUAUAUGUUGUAUGUGCGUAUCUGUCGAUACAUUAGUGGUGUACAGAUUGAGCACGAAUGUGGAAACAAGCAGAGUUGUGAACAAAUCGCAGCUCUGCUGUGAAACAAAGUUUUAGGGCAUAAACUGCAUCAUCAGUUGUAAAUGAUGUCCAUACUGACGGACCUGUCUGUGUGUUGUUGUCAUUUAGCUGCCAGUGCCAGAGUUAAUCCUGCACAAGUCAAACUACAGAGACAGGUACCAGUUGUCGGUCGGCGCCAUUUCAUUUUAUUUUCUCAGUUUUUGCGGAUGCAUCUACUGAAAGUAUAAUAAUUGCAUAUUUUUUAUUGUGCACUUUUAUCAUUUAUUCAGCAGGUGUCUUUUGUUUUUGCAUUGUAUUAAGGAUCCAUGUGUGUUAUGUAACGUUGCCAGUGGUACAUGCUGUAAUUUAUGACUUCAUGUUUGCUUAGCACUUCAUUAAAAUGUAAAAAAUGAACACUCA